UCUCAGGUUCUCUCUCUUUCUAGAUAUCUCUCAGAUAAAUAAAGUAGUGUUUGAUCAUCGGAUGGGGAGGGCGCCGCGCGGCGACGAGCAGGGGGUGAAGAAGGGGCCAUGGACGGCGGAGGAGGAUAAGAAGCUGGUGGAGUACAUCGAGAAGCACGGACAUGGCAACUGGAGAAGCCUCCCGACGAGCGCAGGCUUGAACCGCUGCGGGAAGAGCUGCCGCCUCCGGUGGACCAACUACCUCCGCCCCGACAUCAAGAGGGGCAAGUUCUCCGAGGACGAGGAGCGCCUCAUCAUCCACCUCCACUCCAUCUUGGGAAACAAGUGGUCCGCGAUCGCGUCCCGCCUUUCUGGAAGAACGGACAACGAGAUCAAGAACUACUGGAACACGCAUUUAAGAAAGAAGCUCCUCCGCAUGGGCAUCGACCCGGUCACCCACCAACGAAGAACCGACCUUGACCUUCUGACAAUAAGCUUUUCAAAUCUUCUCGCCGCCGCCUUGAACCUCGGCAACCUAACUACUCCUCUAGACAUUACUGCUCUCGGCUUACGAGCAGAUGCUGCAAACUUUGCCAGGCUACAAAUCCUUCAAAACCUAACCAUCAAUUCAACUGCUGCUGCUACUACACCAACUUUAGGUGCAAUGAACAGUACUAUCUUGGGCUCAUCUUCCCUUCACAGCUCCCAAUUCAGUGAUCUGCUCGGAUUAAACCGCGAGAUCGAGGGGCUCGUGAAUGGGGCUCUGGGUCUUCAUGAGGAUCAAAUUGUGUCGAACUUGGGCUUCUCGUGUUCGAACAUCUCAAACAUCCUAAGCAGUUUGGAAUAUUGUGGAGUUACUCAUAUUGCAGAACAAGAGAAGAUGCCAAAUAUGAUCAACACUUCUUGCAUGGAUUCUGGGACUGUAAAUGGGAACAUUAAUGGUGGAAAUAGUAAUAUGCCAGUGUUCACUUCCUCCUGUUCAAUCCCAACUAUGCAUUCCACACCUCCAUUUGUUUCAGCCUCUCCAGAUCAGGACUCAGCCACCAAAUUUCAAGUGCAAGAGCCGAUGAUCGACUCGAACGCGUCCACGCCGUGCGAAGCUUGGGAAGUGCCUAAUGUUCUCGCUGAAUUAGACAUUGAUCUUGGAUGGAAACACGUUCUAGAGCAAAUAUCAUUGCAUGCCAAUUAAGCACAUUGAAGAGGAGGGCUCCUAAUUAAUCACACUAAGAGAUGAACUCAUGUUGCGAAAAGAGUUGGCUAAACCUUAAGAGGAGUUGUUAUAACUCUCGGACGAAGGGCUGUGUAGAUUAAUACAACCCAAAAUUGGUAUUGGUACAUUUCUAUGCAAAAUUCACUAUAUAUCAUACUGUUUGUACUAAAGAUUAUACACUUCAUUUCUUAAUUUCUCAAAAUUUUAGUU